AUGACAACUCUUCUCAGGCUGUCUAGACCAAAGCCUGGUUCACAGUGGGCAUUGCUGCUGCCCCAGUUUUCAGCCAGUCAGAGAAGCAUCCGUCCCUGGUACAUUGCUCAAUCCCCAGGAGGGAAGAGAAGCCAAGUUCCUGUUCUCAUUCCUUCCUGCAGAACAAGGAGAAAAAAGCUGCUCUUGGGCAAGAAUCCUUUUAAUUUUUGUUCAGACUCCCCCCUGCGCUGCUGGAUAGCGCAAGGAAGAGACAUGGAAAAGCUCAUGCAUCUGGUCUUGUUGGUCUCCUUAUCAGACCUGUGUGUGGCAGAGAACAUCACAGUGGUGUACGGAAUGGAAGGAGAGACCAUCUCCAUCAGCUGUGCCUACAGCCCCAAGGAGAACAAGUGGAGAGAGAAGAGCUGGUGCAAACACGUCAAUAAGACUGAGUGCCAGCACGUGGUCAGCGCCCACCGCUUCUGGCUCCAGUUCCUGAAGAAGUGGAACGGCAACACUUCCAUUGCUGACAACAUCCAUACGGGGGUCCUCACGGUGACCAUGAAGAGACUCCAGAAACAGGAUGCAGGGCUGUACCAAUGCAAGACUGACUUCUUAGGAGAAGCAAGGACCUUAAAGAAGGUGAAAGUGGAGGUGCUGGGAGCAGGUGUAAUGGAGACCCAGGCACCAGAGGAGCCCAGGGCUCUGCACAGCAUCUCCAGCCUUCCUGAGGCCCAUUUCAAUGCAUUCAUCUGCAUCAUUACGGUACUCCUGGUCGCCAAAUUCCUGACAGCCGUACUGAUCUUUACCAUCGCCAGCCGUCAGAGGAGCAGAGCCACGAGGGAGGGGAGCCAAAACCUGAACCAACACCAGCACCUUCCACUCACAGUACAAGAGAACUGAAAGGAUGAUGCAGGUAACGCUUGGACAGGAUGGGAGGAGGAAGAAGAGGAUGGGCAGAAAAAUAAAGAACUCCAAGAGUCUGUCCAUCCAAACUCCCAACUCCCCCAGGACAAACGCACAUACAUGUAGCGAUGCUGCACAGAUGUGGACAGGAUGAGAAAGCUCUGCUCGGUUUUCCCCAUGCCGGAUAACCUUUGCUUGCUAUGCCAGGCUUUGCCUGCAAGGCUAAUGGAAAAUGCUUCCCUGCAAAAGAAACCAAAGAUGCAGCAUUUGACAGUGCAUUCACCUAGCGCACGAGUGGGACUUUCACUGGCAUAUCUUAGCAGCCACAGCGUGUCUCGGGUGCAAUCUAUAGAGGGUGCAAUGGGCUAUAUGAAUUACUCACCCAGGUGAUGCUAAAUAAAGGGCAUUGUCGUGUCUCA